UGCUCCCAGUAAAUUGCGUCAUUUUUCUAAUCUCAACUCAAGGAUCGUAAAACAUCACCGGACAUGCACCUAACCUGUACUAUUGUAACCUUUAUAUCUAGAAACAGAUCUCAUUAGAAAGAAUUACAUAUUUAAUUCCAAAAUUGUCCAAUCAAGUUGGAAUUAAUUUCUUUAGAUAAUAUUGGGCGCAGCGUUUAUUUUAAUCGAAAAUCCGACUUCAUCGAAGCAAUUGUAAAAUUAUACAUAAUAGAGUUUCAGUAUCUUGAUAUAUAUGACCUUUAGAGCACUCAAUGUUGAAUUGCAGAAAGCAUUGUGUCGAUGUUCUGUGUCUUUUGUGCCAUUUAAGUACUUAAGAUCAUGAAAGAGGUGUGUGGACUAUUUUAUGUUUGCUAAGUACAGUGCUCGCUAUACUUACAUUUAUGCAUAACGGUAGAACAGACUUUGACUAGAAAAGAAUCAAUAACAAUGGAUAAGUUAAUUAUAUCAUGCAUUACUACAUAUGCCAGAAGCUGCCUUUUGAAAUGUAAUUGCAAGGUGGGAAGUUUUAACCGAGAGCAGCGACUUUAUGCAACAUCGAUAAGUGACCGAUUUCCGUUGUCUGGAGUUCGAAUAUUAGAUCUAACUCGUAUUGUGGCAGGACCAUAUUGUACGAUGAUAUUAGGUGAUUUGGGAGCUGAAGUUUUAAAAAUUGAACGUCCAGGGACCGGUGAUGAAUCGAGGAAAUGGGGACCACCAUUUUUUGAAGGCACUCAGGAGUCCACAUAUUUUUCCUGCGUGAAUCGUAACAAAAAGAGUGUUUGUAUUGAUUUGAAAAAAGGUAGACAGGUUAUAUAUGAUCUGAUUAAAGAGUGUGACGUCUUGGUAGAAAAUUAUGUUCCUGGUAAGCUGAAAGAGAUGGGUUUGGGAUAUGAAGAUAUCAGAAAGAUAGCUCCGAAAUUGAUAUACUGUUCUCUCACUGGCUAUGGCUCGACAGGGCCAUAUGCUUCGAAACCAGGCUAUGAUGUUAUUGCUGCAUCAGUCGGAGGCUUAAUGCACAUCACGGGUCCAAAAGAUGGUCCACCCUGUAAAGUUGGUGUAGCAAUGACGGACUUGGCCACUGGGCUUUACGCACACGGAGCAAUUAUGGCAGCUCUGCUGCAGCGAGCUAAAACGAACGAGGGUCAAUGGAUCCAAUGUGACUUGUUGUCGACACAAGUAGCUAGUUUGAUCAAUGUUGCAUCUAAUUAUCUGAAUGCUGGGAAAGAAGCAACUCGAUGGGGUUCAGAGCAUGAAAGCAUAGUACCUUACGAAUCAUUCCCAACAAAGGAUGGUUACUUGACUGUUGGGACUGGAAGCGAUGCACAAUUUAUAGCUUUAUUAAGAAUAUUAGAAUUACCACAACUGGCUGAUAAUAAAAAAUUUAAAACUAAUACUGAAAGGGUGAAGAAUAGGGAAGAGUUGCUACACAUUCUCAGAUCAGAGUUUAAGAGAAAAACGAACAAAGAGUGGAUGGAAGUAUUAGCGGAUGCUCCAUUUCCUUGGGGACCGGUGAACAGUAUAGGACAGGUUUUCGAUGACCCUCAUAUCAAGAACAUUGGAUUAGUUAAGGAAAUGGAACAUGCUACUGUUGGGAAGGUAAAACUGGUUGGUCCUCCGGUAAUUUAUAGCUAUGCACAAAAUGAAGCGAGACUUCCUCCACCGACAUUAGGACAGCAUACAUCAGAGGUUUUAAAGGAGUUGUUAAAAUACUCUGAAGCCACGAUAAAGAAUUUGAUACACGAUAAAGUGAUACAAUAGAUCUCUCAUUUAUACUUUAACUGUAUCGGAUUAUUAGCAUUUUAUCUAUUAUAUUUAUAUAAUGGUUCAAAAAUUAAUUUAACACUUGUAUUUUAUCUUGCGUUUAUUAUUAUCAAUGUACUAUAAUGCUAUGUAUACAGACAAUAUACUGAAAUUACUCUAAAUUGGUAGAGGUAAAAAAAUAAAGGCUGCGUUACCAGAGA